GCCGGCUGGCUUCGUUCUAACUGCAGUCAGAACUGCAUAUUUGCAAAUUUACUUAUUUUCAGUGUUAGUACAUUAUGGCUCUUACCCUCGGCGAUCUCCCAAAGUUCAUCUGCGCUGUGCUGCUCCCGCCCGUUGGUGUGUUCUUCGAGAAGGGCUGUGAUUAUCAUUUGGCGAUCUGCAUCAUACUUACGAUCCUCGGAUACAUUCCCGGAAUCAUCUACGCUUGUUACGUUAUCCUUGCUUAUUAGAAACUGCCAAGGUAAAGCGAGUCUGAGCCGAACACAUUCCUCUCCACAGCGUCAUGGUGACGUCCACUUUUUUCGGCUUAAAAAUUACUCCCUACAAUCGCAUUCAUAAUUUUAUCGUUUAACGAUUUGUAUCAUACAGGUUUUGCACAUAUAUGCUGAAUAAAUUUUUGCGGAAC